AUGCCUUCUCCAUCCAGCAUGAAUUCGUCUGUGUGGCCUUCGUCACUCGACCCAAACCCGCGUCGGCGUGAAUGGGGUACGUCGGCGUCGAUUUGGGCGCCUCAAAACGCGUCAUUUGACCCAUUCGCUUCCGAUUCGAGCUGGAGCCCAUCCCAGCCGCUCUUUGGGCCUACGAAAAGCGAUCCUAUCAAGUCGUCCGACGCCGAGUCUCCAGAGCAUAUUACUAUGAUGCUUCGGAAUCUGGGCAUCACUCCCUCUCCCCGACCGAGUGCCGCUACUCCCGGCGAUGGGCCUGCUAGUCCCUCGACACCUCCAACGCUAAGCCCGACUACUCAGAUCAUGUCCCUUGGAUCCAACUCGACGAUUCACACGCCUACUCCGACUCGCGUUAUCGAACCACCACUCUUUUCAUCGACGUUUACCGAUCCUCCAUCUCAUACCCUAUUCUCAUCAAUUACAGAUACCCCGACGGCUAGGCGUAUUAGUAUGUCCAGCGCUUCUGACGAAGUCUUCGUUUCUGGUCCCCAAGCACGCCGUAAUACUACAACAAGCCGUCCCCCACGGAUGACUACCAUUGGAGGUCCUGUUCCGCAUUCUCAUGAGCGUGUCAUGAGCUGGAUGCAACGCCAGAACUUGGCUUCGACUCAGAGCUCACCCGCCCUUGCUCCGCUUAGCCAGUUGCCGCCGAGACAAGAUUGGGUACCGAUCACAGGGCCUGCUCCGAUGCCGGUCGCGGGUACCAACCCACCAACGUCACAUGGGUGGAAUAUUCCUCGCGCUAUGGGAGCUGGAGUGUGGAAUGCCCAGUCGCAGCCCCCUCAAUCCCGUCAGACCGUAGGGUUCACCGGACGCGAUGAUCGUAAGAUCACCGAAGCUUCUCUUCAUGAGCCUGUCAACUUUUUGCGUUUACUUCAACCCACUUCUCAGCCCCCUUAUGGGCUAUUUGUCACACGUAUCGUCAAAAAUUCGGAUCAGCAAGCAAGUAUUUUCCUCCAACAAAAACUCAAGGCCGCGACUUCUGAAGAGGCACGCAAGCCAAUCGUUGAUGCGAUCGUGGAGCAAGGGAUCGACAUGAUGAUGAACCGGUUUGGAAAUUGGGCGGUUCAAAGGUGCCUUGAAUCCCCUUGCUCUCCCAAGGAGCGUAAGCGUGUUGCGGAUGUCAUGAGGGGUCGGGUUAUUGAGCUGGCGACUAAUUGCUAUGGGACACAUGUCGUUCAAAAGGCACUUGAUUGUGCGGAGACUAUUCGGAUGAUGGUCGUCUCUGAGAUGCUUCAAGGGGAUUUGGCUACGACUUUAAUGAAUAAGCACGCUAGUCAUGUUUGGACCAAGAUUAUGGAGUUAUCAUGGUCUGAUCCUGCACCUCCAAUCUUCGACUAUGUGAACAGAGCCAUGCAAGGUCGUUGGGUCGACUUGGCUCGCCAUGAGACUGGAUCACUCAUAGUUCAGCAUGCGUUUGAGAACUUGGAGGACUCGGACAAGGCCGAUUGCGUUAGGGAAGUAUUGGAUAGUAUCGAUGUGUUGGCGACCGACCAGUGGGGAAGUUGGGUUGUUCAACAUUUACUAGAAAACGGAACCGAAAGCGAUCGCGCCCAGGCCGUUAGCGCCCUUGUUCAACACAUCCCGACGCUCGCUCUUGACCCUCAAGGCAUUAAGGUUAUUGAAAAAGCAAUCAAGUCGGGUGGUCCAUCUUCUGUGGAGAUUGUGGCUAGACGGUUGAGUGAGCCUGCCAAAAGCGGCCGUCGUCCAAUAAUUGUCGACUUGGCCCUUGGUGCUAUGGGCAGCCAACUCAUUAGUAUGUUGUUGCCAAUGCUAAACAAGAACAUGUGGUCCGUGCUCCAUGAAUCAGUCAAGGGGCAUAUUGUUACUCUAAAAGGUUCAAAAUCGGGCUCCAGGAUCGUUUGGCUCUUUGAACGCACUAAAGCUCAGCAUAAUACGAACUAG